GUUUCUGUGUGAGCUUUCUUAAAGAAGCACUUCCUUUUUACUUGUAAUUCUACGUGGGAAUGUAUACCAAGCAGUUUCCUCUAAGAGACCAGAAGGUUUACAUGGUUCUUCUGCUUCUAUGAGAAGAGAAGAAAUGCUGCUGCAACCUUUUCUUAUGGCUGUAAUUUUUUCACUUACCUGUAUUGUGGAAAGUUAGAUUGCUGUUUUCUGAGAUGCAUAACUCAGAAAAGGAUGUUCUUGAAGAUGACUCAAAUAGAAGUGAUGUUGCUGCCCAUGAAAAGGUUCCUUCUGGAAUCUUGUCUCAGACUAUGAAUUACGUGGGGCAACUUGCAGGACAAGUCCUGGUUACUGUGAAGGAGCUGUACAAAGGCAUUAACCAGGCAACCCUUUCGGGAUGCAUCGAUGUCAUUGUGGUCCGGCAGCAGGAUGGGACGUACCAGUGUUCUCCUUUCCAUGUCCGCUUUGGGAAGCUUGGUGUACUGCGCUCUAAAGAAAAAGUGAUUGAUAUAGAAAUUAAUGGUGAUGCUGUUGAUCUGCAUAUGAAAUUGGGUGACAAUGGAGAAGCUUUCUUUGUGCAAGAAACCGAGGAGGAAAAUGAAAAAGUUCCUGCUUAUUUGGCAACAUCUCCAAUACCCACUGAAGAUCAGUUUUUUAAAGACACUGACAAUCAUUUGAAAUCAGGAGAAAAUGAGAGGACAUGUGCAAACUCAGAAAUUCCACAUUCUGGAGAAACAGAGACUGUAUUCACCCCAGGUUCUGUGAAAAAGAAAAAAAGAAGAAGAAAGAAAUACAAACAAGAUAGCAGGAAAGAAGAUCAGAUAUCUUCUGCUGGUACUGAAGACAUUUUUGAAAUGGAAAUAAGCUCAGAUGAUGAGAAAAGUGUGCAGCCCCUAAGAGGAUCCUCAAAUUCAUCACCAAAGGGCGAAGAACAAAAAGAAUCUUUGAUUUAUCAUUCGAAAGACCAUUACCCCUUAUCUGAUGGAGACUGGUCCCCUCUGGAGAACCCUUUCUCUGAGCAAGUCUGCCCUAAAAGUGAUUCAGAACUAGAAGUUAAGCCUGCUGAGAGCUUGCUCAGAUCUGAGUCUCACAUGGAGUGGACAUGGGGAGGAUUCCCAGAGUCAACCAAGAUAAGUAAGAAAGAAAAACUGGAACAUUGCAGAACAGCUACCAUUACUCCAUCAGAGAAGACUCAUUUUAGGGUUAUCCUCAGCUCUGAUGAAGUUGAAGAUGAUGAUGAUGUGAAAGAUUCUGUCUGUACAGUACUGAAACCUGAGCCAAGAACUCAUCCUCUCCUUAAGCAGAUGGAUGCUAAAGACUCUCUUGCUUCUGCAAUCGUAGAACCGCAUGUUCCGUUGCCAUUGGAUGGUGAUCAGUCCAGAAUACUGAUGGAUCCUUUACCAGAAACAAAACCAACAGCAAAAACUGACUCUCCUUCAAAAAAGAAAGGGGUGCACAAGCGAAGCCAUCAUCAAGGCCCUGAUGAUAUUUACUUGGAUGACCUAAAGGCUUUGGAACCUGAAGUUGCAGCACUCUACUUUCCCAAAAGUGAUUCUGAUCCUGGCUUCAGGCAGUGGACAGAGUCAGAUACCCUUUCUGGUUCCCAGUCUCCCCAGUCAGUGGGAAGUGCUGCUGCUGAUAGUGGUACAGAGUGCAUGUCUGAUUCUGCUAUGGACUUGCCUGAUGUUACACUUUCACUUUGUGGAGGUCUCAAUGAAAAUGGAGAGAUUUCUAAAGAAAAAUUCAUGGAACAUAUUAUUACUUAUCAUGAAUUUGCUGAAAACCCUGGACUCAUAGACAAUCCUAAUUUGGUAAUACGGAUUUAUAACAGGUAUUAUAACUGGGCAUUGGCUGCUCCAAUGAUUCUGAGCUUGCAGGUGUUUCAGAAGAGUUUGCCUAAGGCUACUGUUGAGUCUUGGGUCAAAGAAAAGAUGCCAAAGAAGUCUGGAAGGUGGUGGUUCUGGCGCAAGAGAGAAAGCAUGACUAAGCAGAUACCAGAGGCAAAAGAGGGGAAAACUGAGACGCAAAGAGCAAAUGAGCUGCCAGCAACUAUAAAAGAGCAAGUUAAUAGCAGGCCUCCAGAGGAUGAUUCUUCUAGUGAUGAAGCAUCCCAGGAGUUGAAGGAAUCCCUGAAAAUGGAUUCUGCCCCAGCAGAGCAUCCACCCCAUGGGAACGUUACAUCUUAUAAGAAGUCACUUAGACUGUCUUCAGACCAGAUAGCAAAGUUGAAGCUCAGAGAUGGCCCUAAUGAUGUUGUGUUUAGUAUUACAACCCAGUAUCAAGGGACUUGUCGUUGUGCAGGAACAAUAUACCUCUGGAACUGGAAUGAUAAAAUCAUAAUAUCAGACAUAGAUGGAACAAUAACCAAGUCUGAUGCUUUGGGACAUAUCCUCCCUCAGUUUGGCAAGGACUGGACUCAUCAGGGCAUUGCAAAACUCUAUCAUUCCAUAAAUGAAAACGGCUACAAGUUCCUGUACUGUUCUGCCCGUGCCAUUGGGAUGGCAGAUAUCACCAGAGGAUACCUGCACUGGGUGAAUGACAAAGGAACUAUUCUCCCCCGGGGUCCUCUCAUGUUGUCCCCCAGCAGUUUGUUUUCUGCCUUUCAUAGGGAAGUCAUAGAAAAGAAGCCUGAAAAGUUCAAAAUCGAAUGUUUGAAUGAUAUCAAGAACUUGUUUGCUCCCAGUAAACAGCCUUUCUAUGCUGCUUUUGGAAACAGGCCCAAUGAUGUAUAUGCCUACAUGCAAGUGGGAGUUCCAGACUGCAGAAUAUUUACUGUGAAUCCAAAGGGUGAACUGAUCCAAGAACAGACUAAGGGCAACAAAUCUUCGUAUUACAGACUAAGCGAGCUUGUGGAAUAUGUGUUCCCACUGAUUAAUAAAGAACAGAGUUCUGCAUUUCCAUGCCCAGAAUUCAGCUCCUUUUGCUACUGGAGAGAGCCUCUUCCUGACCUUAACAUGGAUGACCUGGCCUGAAAAUUACUUCUCACCAGGAGAUGGAAUUUCAUAUUGAGCUACUCAGCUUCAGUUUAAAUGUGAAGAACUCUCUUAAUGAGGAUGCUAAUUUAUAUAUUGGUACCGUAAGUCUUACGAAAGAAAUCACUUUAAUUUCAUUGGUUUAAAACAAAGAAAAUGCAAAGCUACUGUCUGGGUUUUUUUUGUGGGAGGGUGUGUUGGUUUUUGUGUUUGUUUGUUUAUUGCUUGUUAUUAUAUACCUGUUCUAUGGCACUUGAGAUUGGCCUGUCAUUGAUGGUCAUGGUACCCAAGUGCUUCAGGGCAACUAAAUACUGAGGUAAAAUAUGACUUUGCAUUUUCAUCAAUACAGACCUUAUUGUAAACAUAGAUUAUUCUUUUUAAGUUGUCUUAAGUAUAUUUUCUAAAAUGAAGCCAAAAAAUGUAUGGAAACUG